UCACAAGGCGGGACAAGUUGUGUCAAGCUUUUAAAUGAUGGGCGACAGCGAUAAGUUACAGUUUUCGUUGGAAAUGAGUGGCAAUAACCUAGAAAUGUCUUAUUUGGCGUCUGAGGAUUCCCAAUUGUUGAGGACGCUGCUUAACGAUGUGGAAGCGCCAUCAGAACCCAGCCCAGCACCACCGCCAUACCUUUCGCAGGUGGCGUCGGAGAAUUCCCAAUUGUUGAACACGCUGCUCAACGAUGUCCAGGCGCCAGAAGAACCUAUCCCAGGACCACCGCCGUUUCCCUCACAGAUGGCCACUCAAAUGUGCGUCCAUGUGCCCAAUGGACCACCACCUACUUAUGUGCGCCACAGCCCAGAAGCACCACCUUUGACACAACAGCUUCCAACUAAUUCUUUCGAGAAUGUUUGGCAACCCUCGUCAAACUUCUUCAGAUUUGGCCAUCAGUACCACGAGCUACUGCCCCCAAAUGUAAAAAUAUAUGAAAUGGCUUUCAAAACAAAGGAAGAGCUGUACAUGUGGUACAAUAAACUAUGCCAAACUGUGGGCCAGGAGGCUGCUAACAGUUUCGCGGAUAUGAUCCGAAAGUUUUGGGAAUUAUUUCAUCAGUAUCGUCAGUAUCCUAUGUGGUGCCCACAAGGACAGCCGCAAUCUGUGGACCCUUUACCGCCUUUGGUGAGCUUCAAUCAGCCGCUUGUGCUGACAAAUCAUCCUGGCCUUCCGCCUAGCAAUUCUUUAAAUGGCGUUGACUUCCACCAUGUCAAGAUGCAGCAAACUGAUCAGUCGCUGAAUCCCCACUCCAUAAGCUACGCUGGCGGAGGUUUGAUCGACCACAAGCCGUACAAUAACCAUCACAACAAUGGAGUCCUGAGCAAUAAGAAUAUUUCAGUGUCUCUGUACCGCGUUCAAAGCCUGGUCGAAAACGGGAUAGCGGACGAAAACAACCUUUACAAAAACACACACCAGUUAAAGACGGGAGUCCCUUUGAUAGGGGCACAGCUCCAAUCCAAUAACUCGUUGGUCGACCUUUCGCCAAAGGGUACGGGAUCCGUUCCCGCCCUGAUAUACUACAAAUCGAAUACGGCGAAGGAGAUACACGAUGUGAACUUGUUCCAGGCAACGACUCCCAUUGAUCUCAAAAAUGAGUCCUUUAGAAGGUUUCCGCUGGGGGCAAUCGUUCAGUCCUCGAAGGCGGGAGUCCAAUUCGGUGCCAACACCGAACUGCAAGGAUCGCUGAAUGCGCCGAUGAUGAAGAGUCCCAAUGAAUCUUACACGCUAGCAUCUGUGUCAGUUCCCCAGUACUCCACGGUACAGCCAUUUCAACAAUGCCUAAAGACCCUCCAUAAUUCCAUGAAGUCCAGUCCAUCGGCCGUCAGCUUGGUAAAGCGGCCUGCCAUCUUUAUGGUCGAUUUGAUGAAGCAUCAACAUUCUGCUGUGAAAUGGGCGCAGUUCCGUGAGCACCAGAAUAUCUGUGGCGGAAUUCUCGCCGACGACAUGGGACUGGGAAAGACUCUAGUAAUGAUAGCCCUGAUGCUAGCCGACAAGCGGAUGGAUUUAGCUAGGGAAAAAGAGAAAGAGCCGCCAGUGAAGCGUGUAUGUCUAAAUUCUCAAGCUGUGGUGUGCAGCUCAACGGUAUUGCAGGGGCACUCUACAACCGAUGACUAUCAUUCGGCAGGCACAUUAGUGGUUUGCCCCAAGAGCGUGAUGCCCCAAUGGGCUCAGGAAGUGGCCUCCAAGGUGGCGCCGGGUGCCAUAAAGGUGCUGGUAUUACACGAAAACAACCGCCAUGCGAUCAGGUUGGAGGUGGUCAGGAGCUUCGAUUUAAUCAUUACCUCGUACAAUCUCUUGUUGAGCGAGUUGAAAAGGUUUGGAAAGAGCUCACCGCUUUUCGCCGUUCACUGGAACCGGGUGAUCCUCGACGAGGCCCACAUCAUUCGGAAUGAAAAAAGCAGGGCCGGAAUUUCCGUCUGCCACCUGCGAGCUCGAAGCCGAUGGGCUUUAAGUGGAACUCUUGUCCAGAAUCGGGCCAUUGAUAUGCUCGCGUUGUUGCGCUUUUUGCAAGUACCACACUUUCAGCACCUUCAGCAAUGGAAGAGGUAUUUAAGCCAGGACGUGCUUGCCAAGAGACGGUUGAAUUCGAUUAUUACACCACUAAUACUACGCAGGACAAAGCAACACCUGCAGGAAAUAGGAGACAUGCCCGCCUUACCCCCUCUAAAAGUUGAACUUAUCUGCGUGCAGCUCUCGGAGCCAGAAAUGGCGGUCUACCAGAUCCUUUCCGCCAUUUGCAAAAGGAUCUUUACCGAGUUCUUGAAACAAUUCGAGAACUAUUCUGAAGACAGAACUCCCCAGUUCAUAAAUGAAAUAUUUGACGCCAAGUACUCGAAGAUAUACCUCGGAUUUCUGAAAUUAUUUAACUAUGAUCCGGCAGUUAAGAUCAAGGGUCUUGUGAUCCUGGUUCUGCUGUUGCGCCUGCGACAGUUUUGCUGCCACCCGGGAUUAUUGCUUGGGAUGCUGAGUGGUUUAAAGACCGCCGAGGAUGUGCAAAGCUUCGGGACGGCGGCCUCAAAUGUAGAGAGUCAGCUUAAGAUAGAAUUCGACCAGAAGUUGCCCAAAUUCGAUGAACUCACUGACAAAGAAGAUACCAUCAUCGAAAAGGGCAGUGUCGAAAUAAACGAGAACGUCUUUUUAGAUAACAUAAAAGAUGAGAUUGGACACCUGAAAUUUGAAAUACAGAAUAUGGUUGAUAAGCAACCGGCAUGUAGUACUUCUGGUAAUCCUUUAGACUCUGCCCAGGCUCUUAAACAGCUUAAUCCACAAAAUUCCAUAUUCAAAUAACGGUCGUCUGCCAAACUAAAGCUAGUCAUCGAAAAAGUGGAGGAAAUACUUACAGGUACCAACGACAAGAUCAUAAUUAUAUCUCAUUGGAACCACUAUCUGGCCAUCAUUCGUAAGUGUCUGCAGAAUAAGUCAUGGAACCCACUUUACUUUACUGGCCUGCUGAGCACCAAAUGUCGUGAACUGGUAUUGCAGGAUUUUAACGCCAGUCAUGACAAGCGGAUUCUUCUACUCUCCCUUAGCGCUGGCGGAUUGGGACUGAAUCUCAAUGUGGCCAACCAUAUGCUAUUUGUGGAUCUCCAUUGGAACCCACAGCUGGAGCAGCAGGCUCAGGGUCGUAUCCAUCGAUAUGGUCAACAGAAACCUACCUUCAUAUACCGAUACAUGUGCCAGGACACCGUAGAGCAGCAAAUUGUAGAGCUGCAGGAGAACAAGUUAGCCAAAAUGGAGCUGCCAGAGAUAGAGGAAGAUAUGUCCGAGCGGGAUUUCGGGUGCCUCAAUCUCGCGGAUCUCAAGAAGCUGUUUUUAUUGGACAAUAAGUCGGAAAUGUGAAAUUAUAGAAUUAAUCUCUUUUAUGUUACUUUAAGAAGUUGCAUUGUUUUGUUUUCCUUUAAAGUGUGGCCCUUUUUCUUUCAUUUUAUAUCCGUAGCACAGAGCAUUUCAUUUAACAAUUUUUAUAAUCGACAUUUAAUGAGAUAAGAUAACUAUGUGUUCCUUUGUUCGUUACGAAUAUUAUAUAUUUUAUAUAUAUAUUUGUUAAAACCCUGUGCAUUGCAUUUGUGCAACCAAAUAAGAUGGUCAAACAAAAUAUUGAAAAGGUCUUUUGGUUCUUGUAAACUGCCAAAUUAAACCGUCUACUAGGAUAUG